AUGAAUAAAGAAAAAUUGGUUCUAAAUAUUGAAGAUAAAAGUUUUGAGGAAUAUGCAUCUUCUUUGAGUAGUGAUUGUAAAGAAUUCAAAAAACUAAAAAUUUCCGAAACAAGAACUAAACAGGAUUUGGUAAAUCAUUUAGUUGGUGAGAAAAAGGUGCUGUCUGGUAGUAAGUAUGCUGGUACUUCUGUAACAUUGUCUGGUAGUGCUAACAUAUCAUUUUCAGAGCCAGUGGCUAGUUUAGAUAGUAGUUCAGCCGAGAGGUGGUUGAAUGAAAGAAGUUUGAUUCGAAUGUUGUGGGUGGUGCAUUCUGAAGAGUUGUCAAGACAAGUUGCUCUUAAAAGAGCAUAUAUUGUUACAGUUGCUAAUGAAGAUGUGGCAGCAAAGAUGGCAUCUAGUAAUUAUGAUCCUAUGGCAGAGCUGUUUGGUAGCAGGAAGGAGAAGGCCAGAAUGGCUGUGCAACAUUUUUUAUUUGCUAAGAAUAGAAGACCUAAAGUGUUGCAAAAUCAAAAUUCAAUGCAGCCUGCACUAUCAACUCUAAUUCAACCUCAACCUUUUGUGCAGCUGUUGUGGCAACAGCCUCUUUUCCAAGCGAUGGAUCAGCUAGUACUUCAGGAUACUUUGUCUUGUAAUGGAGUGUGUAGUCCUCAGCUUCAAAUAGGCCACAGGAG